CCCCGCCCUUCGGGCUGUGAUAAAGAGGGAAGACCGAAGGCAGCGCCAAUCAGCGCGGGGCCCGCCGCGGGACGGCCUCACCUUCCAGGAUGAAGAACCCGAUGCUGGAGGUGGUGUCCCUGCUCCUGGAAAAGCUGCUGCUCCUCUCCAACUUCAAACUGUUCAGCUGGAUCGCGGCCCCGGGGGAAGAGCAGUCGCCGCCACCACAGCCGCAGCAGCCUUCGACUUCGCAGCAGCCGCAGGGCAAAGGGAGCUUCUACGACACCGGUUCCUUCCUCCGCGGUGACGUGCUGGAGGUGCCCCGGACUCAUCUCACCCACUACGGCAUCUAUCUGGGGGACAACCAAGUCGCCCACCUGAUGCCCGACAUCCUGCUAGCGCUGACCGACGACAAGCUGCUGAUCCAGAGGGUGGUGUCCAAUAAGAGGCUGAUCUUGGGAGUCAUCGGCAAGGUCGCCAGCAUCCGGGUGGACACGGUGGAGGACUUCGCCUACGGCGCUAACGUUCUGGCUAACCACCUGGAUGAGUCGCUGCAGAAGAAGGCGCUGGUCAACGAGGAGGUGGCACGCCGGGCAGAGAAGCUGCUGGGCAUGACCUCCUAUAGCCUCCUGUGGAACAACUGCGAGCACUUUGUGACCUACUGUAGAUACGGUGCCCCAGUCAGCCCCCAGGCAGACAAGUUUUGUGAGAACGUGAAGAUAAUAAUCCGGGACCAGAGAAGUGUCCUUGCUUCAGCUCUCCUGGGAUUGGCAUCGAUAGUCUGUCUAGGCUUGGCACCUCACACCACCCUUCCUGCCAUUUUUAUUCCAUUCUGCUUAUGGAUGGCUGGCUAAACUUACCAAUCCUG